AUGGAUGCCCGCUGCGAAGAGAUCGCUCGAGUCAGCUACACCAACUUCGGCCUCAGCCUGUUCAUCCUCGUCGGCAUCCUCGUCUCCUACCUACCACAACACAUCCGCAUUAUUCGCCUGCGCUCCUCGUUUGGCCUGUCGCCAUAUUUCGUCCUCCUCGGCGCGACGAGCGGAACAUGUGCCUUUGCAAAUAUUCUGGUCUUGCCUAGGAGCCGCGCCGACAUAGCCUGCUGUCGCGUCGUCGACCAGUUUGCUUGUCUGGCUGGUCUGCUGGGGAUUGCGCAGGUCGGGGUCCAAUGGAGUUGUUUCACCGUCAUUCUCCUCCUGUUCCUCAUCUUCUUUCCUCGACCUAAUACCCCAGCCGAGAUCGAGGCCGAGACCGAAUCUAGCCCUGAUACGGACUCCCUCAAAGUAGGCGAACUCGGCCCGUCGUACCGCACCGCAUUACUGGUGACGGGUGUCGCGGUUCUGCACGCCGCGAUCAUCGCCAUCCUCAGCUUCUACUUCGUUUACGCACGCCCGAGCCAUGCACAGGGCUGGGCGAAUUUCCUCGGCAUCUUCUCCACCGUUCUCGCGUCCAUCCAAUAUUUCCCUCAGAUCUAUACAACCUAUAUGCUGAAGAGAGUGGGCAGUCUGAGUAUUCCCAUGAUGUGUAUCCAGACGCCAGGCAGUUUUGUCUGGGCAGCCAGCCUGGCCGCCCGGUUGGGCAGCGAAGGCUGGAGCGCAUGGGGCGUCUACGUUGUCACGGGUUGUUUGCAGGGCACGCUGCUGGUGAUGGGGAGUUACUUUGAGAUCAUGCAUCACAAAAGAGAGAGGAAGGAGUUACAAGCAAGAAUGGCGCACUCCAACGGCAGUAUGGAGAGUCAGACCGAGGCCGAUCCUGAUCCGCCUCCGUAUGUGUCUGAAGAGACUCCUUUGUUGUUGAGGUCCGAAGAUUGA